CCAUCCAGUGAGCAUCCAUUGUUUUUUUUUGAGCUGUGGGUGAGUUCCUGUGGCCGGCAGCAUCAUGGGGGAGUUGUUCCGCAGUGAGGAGAUGACUCUGGCCCAGCUCUUCCUCCAGUCUGAAGCGGCCUACUGCUGCGUCAGUGAACUAGGGGAACUGGGAAUGGUUCAGUUCAGAGAUCUCAACCCUGAUGUGAACGUGUUUCAGAGGAAGUUUGUGAAUGAAGUGAGACGUUGUGAAGAGAUGGACAGAAAGCUCAGGUUUGUAGAGAAGGAGAUUAAGAAAGCCAACAUUCCAACUAUGGACACUGGAGAGAAUCCUGAAGUCCCGUUCCCUCGAGACAUGAUUGACCUUGAGGCAACUUUUGAGAAGCUGGAGAAUGAGCUGAAGGAGAUCAACACUAAUCAAGAGGCCCUUAAAAAGAACUUUCUAGAGCUGACAGAACUCAAGCAUAUCCUCAGACGUACUCAGCAGUUCUUUGAUGAGAUGGAGGAUCCUAACCUGUUGGAAGAAUCGUCAUCUCUGCUGGACCCCAGUGAGGCCGGCCGGGGGGCUCCACUGAGACUGGGAUUUGUGGCUGGCGUCAUAAACCGUGAGAGAAUCCCUACGUUUGAAAGGAUGCUGUGGAGAGUAUGCCGUGGAAAUGUCUUUUUACGUCAGACAGAGAUUGAGGAUCCCCUUGAAGACCCCACAACAGGAGAUCAGGUGCACAAAUCGGUGUUCAUCAUCUUCUUCCAAGGAGACCAGCUGAAGAACAGAGUAAAAAAGAUCUGUGAAGGGUUCCGUGCAUCUCUGUACCCAUGCCCUGAGACCCCUCAGGAAAGGAAGGAAAUGGCAUCAGGUGUCAACACUCGCAUUGAUGACCUCCAGAUGGUAUUGAAUCAAACUGAAGACCACCGACAGAGGGUUUUGCAGGCCGCUGCAAAAACUAUGCGCGUGUGGUUCAUCAAAGUAAGGAAGAUGAAGGCCAUUUAUCACACGUUGAACCUCUGCAACAUCGACGUUACACAGAAAUGUUUGAUUGCUGAGGUCUGGUGCCCCGUUUCUGACCUUGAUUCCAUUCAGUUUGCUCUGAGGAGGGGAACAGAAAGAAGUGGGUCUACAGUUCCCUCCAUCUUAAACCGAAUGCAGACCAAACAGACUCCACCUACUUACAACAAGACCAACAAGUUCACCUCUGGAUUCCAAAAUAUUGUGGAUGCGUACGGCAUCGGAACCUACCGAGAGAUCAACCCAGCUCCAUACACAAUCAUCACUUUCCCGUUCUUGUUUGCUGUCAUGUUUGGGGACAUGGGGCAUGGCUUGCUGAUGACUUGUGCUGCGCUUUACCUUGUCCUCAGAGAAACCCGUUUGCUUGCUCAGAAGAGUGACAAUGAGAUGUUUAACAUGAUAUUUGCUGGACGUUACAUCAUUCUACUGAUGGGGAUGUUCUCAGUCUAUACUGGGAUGAUCUAUAAUGACUGUUUCUCAAAGUCCCUCAACAUGUUCAGCUCUGGCUGGAGCGUUCGGCCCAUGUUUUCACCUAACGGAAACUGGACGUUUGAAACUCUGGAGGGUAAUUCAGUUCUCCAGUUAAACCCGGCUGUUCCUGGUGUGUUUGGUGGCCCGUAUCCUCUCGGCAUCGACCCUAUCUGGAAUAUUGCUGCAAAUAAGCUGACGUUCCUGAACUCCUUUAAGAUGAAGAUGUCUGUGAUUCUGGGUGUCAUUCACAUGCUGUUUGGAGUCACGCUGUCCCUCUUCAAUCACCUAUACUUUAAGAAGCCUCUGAACAUUUUCCUGAGUUUCAUCCCUGAGAUUGUCUUCAUGAGCAGUCUUUUCGGUUAUCUGAUCUUGCUCAUCUUCUAUAAGUGGAUUGCCUAUGAUGCGGUGACCUCUAAAGACGCUCCCAGUCUUCUGAUAGCUUUUAUCAACAUGUGUCUAUUUAACUACAACGACCCCACCAACAAACCACUGUACAGAGGACAGGCUGGGAUCCAGUCGCUGUUGGUGGUGAUAGCUUUAGCAUGUGUGCCGUGUAUGCUGGUGGUGAAGACUAUGGUCCUGCGCCGUCAGCACCUGUGGAAGAGGCACCUGUCCCAGAUGAGGGAUGCAAGACCUGCAGAGAAUCUAGAAACUUUAGAGCAGACAGGCACCAGCUCACCCCCCGGACUCACCCAACAGGGCACGCAGAAGUUCGGUGGCGUCCGGGUCGGAAACGGGCCUACAGAGGACGAGGCAGAGAUCAUUGAUCACGACCAGCUCUCACAACACUCAGAGGAAGGAGAUGAGCAUUCAGAGGAAGAACCGUUUAACUUUGGAGACAUGGCUGUUCAUCAGGCCAUUCACACUAUAGAGUAUUGCCUGGGCUGCAUCUCCAACACGGCCUCAUACCUGCGACUCUGGGCCCUUAGUUUGGCUCAUGCUCAGUUGUCUGAGGUGCUUUGGGGAAUGGUGAUGCGCCUUGGAUUGUCCUCUAGAAGUGGUGGGGGAUUCUUUGGCUUGUCGAUCAUUUUCUCUGCCUUUGCAACGCUAACAGUGUGCAUUUUACUCAUCAUGGAGGGAUUGUCUGCGUUCCUGCAUGCUCUGCGCUUGCAUUGGGUGGAGUUCCAGAACAAAUUCUACACAGGACAGGGCUUCAAGUUUGUCCCGUUUUCCUUCGAGAGCAUCCUAGAGGGUCGAUUUGACGAAUGAGAGCUACUACACAUCUGAAAUCUGACCGAUUCCCUCUCCUGCAUGGAUCCCGUCUCGCUCUGUCCUCUGCAGAAGCAGUGCUGUCUGGUGAAGUGUUUGUAAAAUGUGACCCCUGACCUCUAAAUGCACAUUUUUCCAGAGUGCUUAUUUGAGAUAUUCUAUGUUCUGUGAGCCUUUCUUCUAGAUUUAUGGCCCCACUCGAUGUAACAGUCCCUCAAAACAGUGUAUUAACUGUAAUUGAUGUUACAUUGUGUCAGAUGGGUGUAAAUCAAGCAGUGUGUAAAAAAAAUGUGUAUCCUCAUAGUGACCUACUUAAAAAAAAAUAUUUUGUCCUUAUUGAAAAGUAAAUCUGCCUUGUCCACACAGAUUUUUUAAAGGGCACCUAUUUUACCUCUAUUACAAGAUGUAAGAUGAACCUUUGGUGUUUCCAGAAUGUGUCUGUAAAGUUUCAGCUCAAAAUACCCAUCAGAUCAUUUAUUAUCGCCUCCAGAAUAUGCCAAUGCUGGUGUCUGAGAACAUUGUAGUCUGUGGCUUUAAAUGCAAAUGAGCUGCUUCUCCCCGCCCACCGUUUCCACGUGUGUGUCUGCUUCUCAUCAUGUUACCUCAGAUAAACAGCAGUCAGUGACAGACAAAUAUUUAAUGUAUCUGUGGUGAAGUUUAUUCAAGCCUUUCUGAAAUGAUGAGUCACACAC